AGCGCGCGCUGCCCAGGCGAGGAGGGGAAGCCGGUGGCUGGCGAACAGGCGGAGGCUGCCGGUUUCGUAACCGUCGCUCCUCCUAGCUGACUCGCGAUCUGCGGGGACUGGGCCGGGUCGGGUCGGGCCGCUCUGUGGCCCCGCUCGAAGUGGAGGCCGCCUGGGGGCGGGCGGGCUGGAGGUGCAGGUACAUGUGAAGAUUUCUUGGCAGUGUAGAGUGGAAACCAUUGAUCACCUUGCCCUCAUUUCUGCCUAUUCUGUUGGCAAGAGAGAGUGCCCAAAUGAGCAAGAUAUCACAGCAGAACAGUACUCCAGGAGUGAACGGAAUAAGUGUUAUUCAUACUCCGGCUCAUGCCAGCGGCGUACAGCAGGUUCCUCAGCUGGUGCCCGCUGGACCCGGGGGAGGAGGUAAGGCUGUACCUCCAAGCAAACAAAGCAAAAAGAGUUCACCCAUGGAUCGAAACAGUGAUGAGUAUCGUCAGCGCAGAGAGAGGAACAACAUGGCUGUGAAAAAGAGCCGGUUGAAAAGCAAGCAGAAAGCACAGGAUACAUUGCAGAGAGUGAAUCAGCUCAAAGAAGAGAAUGAACGGUUGGAAGCAAAAAUUAAAUUGCUGACUAAGGAAUUAAGUGUACUGAAAGAUUUGUUCCUUGAGCAUGCGCACAACCUUGCAGACAAUGUGCAACCCAGCAGCGCUGAAAAUAUGACAAAUUCUGACAGUGCAGGACAGUAGGCUGCACUCUUUCCAAACUCCACAACUUGUGGCUUGAACAUUAAAGGUGUGACAAUCGAUAUCACUCAUAUCAAUGAUUGAACACUGUCUUGUUCCAUUAUUCAAAGAUCCAUUGAAAGUUGUUUUCUAGGAUCAGCACUGAAGAGUUGAUUAGCCAAAAAUGUUAGCCAUGUCAUUCAAAUUUCUGGUUUUAAGUGAUACUGGGAUAAAGAAACAUUUUUAAGGUAUAUGGUAAAAAGUCCCAGACCUGAAUGUUCUUAAUAAAUCCUUACUUCUCAAGAAA